GGUUAACUUUACCUCAGGCUUCGUCCCAAACCACAUACUGCUGCCUGUAGGCUCACUAAAUAACCAUUAAUACAACACAACACAAUACAAUAGCAUCCGCUUUAUGGACAUGGUCUCACUCCCCUUAUAAUCCGACACACCCGCUGAGUUUCUGGGGGCGGUUUGGGAGAACUGAAACAGUUUACACUUGUUUGUUUCAUGUGUUGUAGGUAGCCUAGAUAUUAAUGUAUCCAAGUCGUAUUUACAACACAUUUAAAUCCAGUCCUGCUUAUCACUCUUCUAAACUCUCACACGCACCUCAUCCAGAUGGAAUACAACUGUAUUUAUAUCACACACAGGCCAUAUUUGACGCAAAAUCGCUGUUUUUUUUUAAUUGCAGUACUUUUUUUCCCCUAGAGAAAUGAAAAACAAAUAAAUUUGUUAGUUAAGUGUUAGAAAUAAAGGCACUGCACUGCACUUCUCCUAGUCUCUGGGGUGCCACCAUCGAGGAGACAUCCUUUGUACCUUUAUGUAGCCUCGGCGUGGAGUGGUUUUAUAGGUGGCCUCUGCGCAUGCGCGGUCGAGGCUCGCCUCCGAGCUUCUUACCUGACAAGCACACCUGGAUUCAACACACGGAAGUAGAGUGUCGAGAUUCCUGAAUCAGACGCACUGUCUUUCGUUACGUGGCUGUUUCCUCAGGGUCUGAGACGCCUGGAAUUCUGUCUGGAAUAAGAACCUGAGCUUUUUAAACGAUUCCGGAUGAACCUCUGUGAGAACGCCGUUGAUCAAACACGAACAGAUAAAUACAAACCAGGCUUUCGCACGUGGAGGCUUUUUUUGGGGUUAUUAUAUGGUAUUGUGUAACAAAUACUGAAGUGGUUUUGGUUGGAUUGUAACUUUAUUAGAAGUUUCCCGUGUUGGAAUUCUGCUUGGAAUAAAACCUCACCUGUCUCGAAGAGACUUGGAUUAUAUGUUUUUACUGGCAUACCAUAUGUUAUGGCAGUAUAGUCUGGGUUUAGGAGUCAGUGAUGUUACUCACAUCGUGUGUCAGGUGAAUCAUUGUCUGCAACACUCUAGAAGUACACACACACCACUAUUCAUUCCCACCACAGAAGAAUGACUUUGAUCCGCAGACUGCUACGCAGGCGUUUGCACCCAUGGAAGGUUGCCAUUGUGGCGCUAGUGUUCGUCACAUUUUUGUUCCUGAUGCAAAGAGAGGUGGUCAGUCAGAGCCCACAGGAGGAGCCCUGGCUAAAAGGGAUUGUAGAGAAACGGGACACCAUGCUGGGCAUGGUAAUGGGGGCCGUGAAUAACUUUAGGGACGCCAUGCCAAAGAUGCAGAUCCGAGCCCCUGUGAGGCAGCAGGAGAGCAGGAGCAGCCAGCCCUGUCUGCCUGGUUACUACACAGCCGCAGAGCUGAGGCCUGUGCUGGAACGUCCCCCGCAAAAUCCCAGUGCCCCGGGCGCAUCGGGGAAACCCUUCCAUACGGAGAACCUCGGCCCAGCUGAGCAGAAGGAGAAGGAGAAAGGCGAGGAGAAACACUGCUUUAACCUGUACGCUAGUGAUCGUAUCUCACUCAGUCGAGACCUCGGCCCUGAUACAAGGCCGCCAGAAUGCAUAGAGCAGACAUUUAGGCGUUGCCCAGCCUUGCCGACCACGAGCGUGAUCAUCGUGUUCCAUAAUGAGGCAUGGAGCACAUUGCUGCGGACUGUCUACAGUGUGCUCCACACCUCUCCUGCCCUUCUUCUCAAAGAGAUCAUCCUUGUUGAUGAUGCCAGCACAGACGAACGGCUGAAGGAAGAGCUUGAUGAGUAUCUAAAGCAACUGCACAUUGUGCGUGUGGUGCGACAGCUCGAAAGGAAAGGCCUCAUCACUGCACGACUUCUGGGAGCCUCGGUAGCCACUGGAGACACCCUCACCUUCCUGGAUGCUCACUGUGAAUGUUUUCAUGGCUGGCUGGAGCCUUUGCUGGCCCGGAUAGCAGAGAACUACACGGCAGUGGUGAGUCCAGACAUCACCACUAUCGACCUGAAUACGUUUGAGUUCAUGAAGCCUUCGCCAUACGGGCAGAACCACAAUCGGGGCAACUUUGACUGGGGUCUGUCCUUCGGCUGGGAGAGUUUGCCUGAUCAUGAAAAAAAGCGGCGAAAAGAUGAGACCUACCCCAUCAAAACACCAGCAUUUGCUGGAGGACUGUUCUCUAUCUCUAAAAAUUAUUUCUAUCACAUUGGGAGCUAUGAUGAGGAGAUGGAGAUCUGGGGAGGAGAGAAUAUUGAAAUGUCCUUCAGGGUAUGGCAGUGUGGGGGUCAGUUAGAGAUCAUCCCCUGCUCCGUAGUGGGCCACGUAUUCCGCACUAAAAGCCCUCACACCUUCCCCAAGGGCACGCAAGUGAUUGCCCGUAAUCAGGUGAGGCUGGCCGAGGUCUGGAUGGACGACUACAAGGAGAUCUUCUACCGCAGGAACCAGCAGGCAGCGCAGAUGUCUAAAGAGAGAUCGUUUGGAGAUGUCUCCAAACGCUUGGAGCUCCGUGAGAGGCUACAGUGUAAGAGCUUCUCCUGGUAUUUAAAGAACGUGUACCCAGAGGUCUUCAUGCCUGAUCUCAACCCACUGCAGUUUGGCGCGAUAAAGAACACAGGGAAGGACAUGUGUCUGGAUGUAGGAGAGAACAACGAGGGAGGCAAGGCGCUCAUCAUGUACCCAUGCCAUGGCCUAGGAGGCAACCAGUAUUUUGAGUAUUCAACGCACCAUGAAAUACGACACAACAUUCAGAAGGAGCUUUGUCUGCAUGCAAGUGAUGGACUGGUGAAACUCCAGGAUUGUCAGUAUAAAGGCCACAACUCCUUCACUGGACCUGAACAGAAAUGGGAGCUGCAGGAGAAUCAGCUGUUUUAUAACCGCGGGCGGAAGCUGUGCCUGAGCGCUCGCUAUGAAAACCCCUCUAUGGUCCCCUGCAACUCAGCGGACAGAUUCCAGCUUUGGGCUUUCACCUGAGAGGACAAGCCAAUUAAAAUACACACUAUUGUUACUGAACUUCUGAACAAGAGAAUUUUAAUUUAUUUUUAUAUGUGAAAUUACUGCUGCUGGAAAGAUUUAAAUAUCAUUAAGUGGUAUGAAUAGAGUACAUGUAUAGAACAUACAUGCACAAUAGUGUAAAAAAAAAAAGCAACAAAGCACCUUCAGGAAGUAUGCUGAAGUUGUACAGUAAAGCACCAAGUGAAGACUUCUGAACUGUUAAUAUGUUUCUCAAACAUUCUUUCUCUCUUUACUGAGAGGGCUGUUACCACUGUCUCACAGUAAGAAUCUAACAGAAACAGAGCCCUUCAAAAUAUUUUGUGGUUUUAAUCUGAAGUUGGUCUAACCUGCACAUUUUAAUGCACCAAAGAGUAUUUGUAAGCCCAGUUCCACUAAGUGCAAUUCCCCCCAUAUGCACUAUAAAUUACUCCUAUUCCAUAUGUGUUGUUCCUGAAUGGUCUUGAUAAAUGAGUUCUUGAAUUAAAUAGGAUGAUCUAGGUCACUGCCAUGCACUGACUCAUUCCUUUCCUUCACUGACAACCUUUUUUUCAGACUUAGAAAACACAGAACUGACUGGCAGACAAAUAGCAUUAAAGGGCUGGUCUGUAUUUAUUGAAGGAGUCUGUCAUUGGAUCGAAAUCCCCCACAAAAAUUCUUACAGACUACUGAAUCCAUGGGUACUGAACAAAACCAGUGUUUCUGCUUGUAUUUUUCCCCUUUCACUCACUGGGUCAGUGUUUGAGUUAGUGAGUGUUUGUGUUCACAAAUGACACCUUGUCUAAAUAAUACUUUGUAAAGCAAUAUUGUGGACAGAGAGAUGGUAGUAAAAAGUACUGUAACCUAACAACACAAGAAAAUAUCAUUGAACAAAGGCAAUGUAUGCUUUUAAAAUAAACAUUCCAAAAACCUUUUAUGAUCCUGAA